UGUUGACGAUUAUCCGUUCAUCAAAAUUAGCAAUUGGCCGACGAAGAUUCUCGUCCGACCUCUCAGUCAGUACCCAAAAUCUCUGUACCCACCGUGAGAAUCAAACUCUUUUCUCCCUUCCAUGGCUGCACUACCUUCUACGGCGGCUCUUCACGUUCUCCCACAUCUCCCGUUGCUAAAACCUGAAGUUCCUCUUCUUUUUUGCUGUUCUUGUUCUUCAGCUGCAACCACUUCCUCCACUGUCUCCACUUCCGCGGCUGCGAUUCACCCAAUUGACCCUCUUAUUCACCCCCUUUUGCUCUUCGACAGUUUCGAUGCCCCAAUUGACACCCAAACUUUUCUUGCUACUCUCAGUGUCUUGGUUGCCAUUUCUCUUUCGCUCUUUCUUGGUCUUAAGGGUGGUCCGGUGCCUUGUGAACGUUGUGCUGGAAAUGGCGGCACAAAAUGUGUUUUCUGUGACAGUGGUAAGAUGCAGCAACAGUCAGGAUUAAUUGACUGCAAAGUGUGUAAAGGUGCAGGAUUGAUCUUCUGCAAAAAGUGUGGGGGUUCUGGAUAUUCUAGACGGCUUUGAACCUUCGAGUGAAACAUUUCUCCACGUGCAAUGUAAUUUUUAACAUUGUCGAACAUACUCAGUGUAACGAUUCAAUUUAUUAAUACCAAUGAGACCUAAAUGGUUUCUUCUUCA